AUGAACCGCCGGAGUGUCGAGCCCGUCUCGGCCCUGCCCUCCGCACGCGGCUCCAAGAGCCAGCAGGGAAAAUGGGGAAGCGCCUGCGCAGCGUGUGCGACCGCCAAGGCCAAAUGCCUCCGUAGCACCGAUGAGCCAGGAACUCCGUGUGACAGAUGCAAGCGCCUGGGGAAGGAUUGUACUGGCCAGGUACACCAGCCCCGCAAGAAGCGAACACCCAAGGCGUCUAAGACAUCACAACUUGAAGAACGGCUGAAUGGACUCGUCGAUCUCCUUCGGGCGUCAGGGGAAUUCCCCACGGACGGGUCAAGGACAAGGCAGAGUUCGUCGUCGCAAUUCGAGGACGAGCCAGCUUCAUCACAAGGGCCUUCUCCGAUCUCCUCCAACGCGACUGCAAAUGUCAUACGUAUACCUCAGUCUUGGAACCGACAUGCUCCCCCUCGAUGUAUUUGUCGAGCUCAAGCGGGGGAUGUUCCACGUCGGAGACGUUCGGACGAGGAGCUGCUGGCCAUCUAUCAAGACAGACUUAUACCCGUGUUUCCAUUUGUUGUCAUCCCGCCGGAUACAACGCCCGAGCGCCUCAAGGCUGAACGGCCCUUCUUAUUCUCUGCCAUCUGCAUGGCUGCCUCGAUAUCAGACGUGAACUCGAUGCGUGGACAGAUGUUUGCCCUAACGAAGCAUCUGAUGAAUGAAAUGAUGGUGGAGUCAAACCGGUCAAUGGACCUGCUCCAGGGAAUACUGGUGAUGUUAGCCUGGUACCAGAAUCACUGUCUCAUGCAUGCUCAACUUAACAACCUUAUACAUCUGGCUCAGGCCUUGCUGGCCGAUCUCGGCUUGAACAGGUCGCCUGAGGUCCAGGAGCGGUCCAACGUCAUGGUAUUGAAUCCGCCCGCGCCGAAUCGGACAACGAACGAAGAUAGGCGAGCAAUACUAGGUGUUUGGUUCCUCAGCUCUUCGGUCGCGACUGGUUUGAUGAAGGCACUGCCUAUGAGGUUUUCAAAAUAUACAAGACAGUGUCUUGAGGAUCUGGAUAAAGCUUCUGAGUACGAAUCGGAUCUGCUGCUCGUCCAGCUGGUCAAAAUACAACGCUUGACGGAGCGGAUACAUAAUUGGGCGUCCCAGGAAGACGAAGAGGAUGAUGUGUCGGUCUAUCUUAAGGCACCCGCUGCAGCCUAUCAGGUUGCCUUUCAUGGGGAAAUUGGCAGGCUGCAGUCAUCAUUGCCCGCCAGCUUGGUUGGCAACAGACUGCUCCAGGUAUACUUCGCCUUUGUGACGCUUCACCUCAACGAACCACCUCCUAUUGAUACAGACCGUCUGAAGAAACUGGAAGAGUCACUCAGCUCCGUAGCUCUCAAUGGCUCGUCGUCCCUCGACGGCUUGUAUCGCGCCCAAUACGCACUGAAGGGAUUCUUUGAGAAGUGGUUCGAAAUGCCCACAGACUUUUAUACUUCCAUGCCGAUCUUUGUCAUGCUGGAAGUAGUCUACGGGAUCACAAUGCUGGCCCGAUGGGCUAAGCUGCUGGGUCCAGGACAGACCCGACGAGGAAACACUGUGCCAGACAUCUUGGUUCCGCAGAAGAUUGUGUGGGACCCUUCGGCUGUGCGGCCCUCGCCAAACUCCUUGCUUGGAGCCGGGCUUGCUCCUCUGAAGCCAUUCGAACCAGGCAGCGAUACCGAAACCCAACCGGCAAAGUUGUCGACGGCUAGUCGAGGCUCUGCUUUAAUGAAGCUACCGCCGCCCAUCACAGAUCCAACACAGAUACCAGCAUCUCAUUUCCGCGAAGUUACUGACCCGACCAUACCUGGCGUUGUCGCCUCUCUUCGAUCUAAACUUCAGAAGCAACCAGGGCUGAACAUCGACAUUAUUGGAAUCUUGGCAAGCCUGGCACAGCGUUGCGAACAGGUACACCGAGAGCUUACUGAGGAGGGAGCGGGUGGGGCUUGGCAUAACGACGUUUGGUAUCUAUGCGCAAAAAAGGUCUUGAUCACUCGUGCCAAAUUGGAGAAAUGGGCCGAAAUCGUCGCCAUCGGCGGUGUGCCGACAGUAGAGCGCACCACCGAUACUGCGACGAGGAACACAAGAGCAGGCAAAGACGUCCAGAUGAUGGGCUCUGGUGCCGCAACAGAACAAGCCCAGACCGCCCCCAUUGGACGACAGCCCCUGUACAACGAGGACAAUGCCCUCGCUGCCUUUCAGAAACAAAUGGAAAUCGCUGGGCAAGGCGUACUGCCGCCUGAGUCAACAGUGGAUGCGUGGCAAUUCGACAGCAUGUGGACUAACGAGAUGUUCGAUCAGUUAGACCCGGCUCUGUGGCUGAACGAUGGCAAUGAUUGGGAAAUGGCUCUGCUUGGGCCUAUACAGGACAAUCAGUUCAGGAUAUAA